AUGGCAGCGGUUGGUGGCCUCGCGGUGGUCGGUGGUGCGAGCUUCAUCUACCUCUUCGAAUCGGACCAAGGACUUGCAAGGUCCAUGUUCUUUUACGUCAAUGCAGUACCGGCCUACACGCAUUAUCGCGCCGCGCAGAUCUACAUCGAGGACAUUGGCCACCUCGGCCCCGACGAAGCUACGCUUACUACAACUACCUCCACGACAAAGAUACAACGCCACUCUUCGGCACGGUGCUCGCGCUCCGUGGGAUCUACAUCAAGCUGGCCCAAAUCGCGUCGACCUGCGGCGAUUUCCUGCCGAAGCAGUACAUGGAUUACUGCAAAACCCUUCAAAGCGCACGCCGUACACGCCCGCCACCGACAUGAUGCGCAUCCUGGAAGCAUCCUACCGUCGGCCAUACCAUUCCACGACAUCUUCCAAUCGAUCGAUCCGACACCCCUCGGGGCCGUGUCGAUCGGGCAAGUUCACAAAGCCGUGCUGCUGGAUGGCACGAUAGUCAUAAUCGUGGUCAAGGUCCCGUUUCACGACGCGGAGGCCAACUUUUACAACGAUACCUCUACGAUCAAAAGGUUCGCGGCCAUUGCGCAGCCGGCGAACCUGCCGUUCCUGAAUGAGACCGAAAAGCAGUUCCUCACCGAGUUGGACUGCCGUCGGGAAGCCAGCAACUUCAACAACAUGCGGGCAAAACAGUCCGCGAGUCCGUAUGCCCACAGGUUUGUCGUGCCGAGGGCAUACCUGGACCUGUGCACCAAAGACGUGUUCGUGAUGAAGAAUUUGCCAGGCCAUAAGUCGGUUGACGCCGUCUACGGCCACAUUCAAAUCAUCGCAUAUGCGAUGGCCACCUUGUGGCGCGCCAAGCAGGGGGCUCUCACAGCCUACGACAACACAAUCAGGUGGGUCGUCCCUCGAUCCAUAGCGACAGGCACCCAACACCCCACGUCCGGCCUGCUCAACCUUCCCGAGCUGCUCCGGUGCAUUGUUGAAGUCCACGGGAUGGGCGCGUUGGGCUCAUCGACUACGGUCAAGCACUGGACAGCCGAUCAACGCAAGCGCCUGGCACGCCUCGUCGUCGCGCUGGCCGAAGGGUCGAAGGAAGCUGUCGUUCGCGCUGUCACGAAUGAAGUCGGCCUCGUCACCCAGCACAUGGACCCGUACGUGCUCGAGAAGAUGUGCCGCACCAAGCUGGACCGAGACGACUGGAACAUCACAGACGGCAUGGACAUCCCGCUCUUUGUCGAAUACUUACAGAAACGGGACCCGAUCCUCCAUCAAGACGACGACUACAUCAUGGCGUACCGCGUGUCGCUGCUCCUCCGCGGCCUCCGUAACGCGCUGGGAUACCAGGCGUCCCAAGCUGAGAUAUGGAAUGCCAUAGCCAAACGAACGCUGCUGAAGAGUGAGCACUUGACUCGUCAACGCAAGCUCCAACGCUAUCGCGAGAAAGUCCUUGAAUUGCAGGUUGGUCGCAAAUGCAUCCACGGCCAGCAAAUCCACGCAGCGACCGUCGCUCCCAAAGCAACUUGGCGCUUCGAGUCCGCUGCCAACGUUGGGUUUGCGCGAAGCUGA